GGGGGGGGGGGUCGACUCAAAUUACCAUAGAAGACCACUUUUUUUUUCAUGCUAUAUUAUCAAGACAGUUAUGUUUACACUCAUCCUGCUGGUUUGAAGGGAUGCACAACAUCUUAAAAUAUAUGCAGAUACACUUGUUAGAGACAAAACUAUGAUUGCCUUGCUGUUGUGAUCCGAAACAUAAAAAAUGGCUCAUCUUACCCCACUCUCCCCAAUAAAGCUAUGAGCUGGAGGUCUCUGCAGUUUCAGGCUACUAUUAUUUAAGUCCAGCAUUGUCUCUGCAGACAGACAGACAGGCAGGACACAUUGAUGAAUUGAAGUCCUCCACACUGACACUCACUCUGCAGCUCGCUCGUCCCUCCCCCUCCGCGGUGUGAGUGGUUUAAAGUUUCUCUCCUCGGCCUCUGAUUGGUCCAUGAAGUUUCUCUUUGGGGGAAUAACUUCAGAGCUCAGCGUUCCCCAGACUCACAUCAGCCCGGGUUACUCCAGAGGCACGCAUAACGAUAGAUAUUCUCUUAUCUUAUAAAACAGGGUAAGAGGAUAGUGAGAUAUGGAGCUUAUCAGAGACAGACUAGGAUUUGUUUUAUAGAGUUUUACUCAAUUUAGAAACACCGCAGCUUUGGAAUAUAUUUUUAGGACUUUUUAAUUUUUUUUUUACAUUUCCAUCAUCUACUCUCGAAGAUGUCUGCUUUCGGAGUUUGGAUUACCGCGACGUGGAUUUUACUUUUUGCCAUUUUUGAUGUGGCUUUCUCAAACUAUUCCGAGGACCAGUGCAGCUGGAGGGGAAGGCAAGUGUUGCAUGUUUUAUCAGCGUUUUUUCUGCAUGUGGUUGAAUGAAAAGAUGGCUGAAAAACGCCACUCAGAGAAGCUUCAGGUGUCUUAUUUUUGGGGCGAGUGACCGCUGGUGGAAAACGUGAUGUGUGCUUGAAUGCAACAUGUAGAGACGUGCACUGAGAGCGCAAUAUAAAUGUUUGUAAAGCUCCGCUGCGAUUGCGCCUCCGGGCUGCUGUCUGCAGGAGGUGUGGGGGGUCCAGACAGACGGGAGACUGCAGGAUUAUCUCUGGCAGAUUGAGAAAUUACGAGCUGUGCAUUCGCCUCUUGAAGGACCAGUUAUUAAUUGAUACAAUGCAAAAAAUACAAGCAGUGGAUUUUUUAAUUUUUGUAGCCUUUAAGUCCAGCCCGAAUGAUGAUAUGACUGACUAAUUGGCCCCUACUUGCAGAGAGCUGCCAGUAGGCGGCGCAUUCUCUAACUUAAACUUAGAUGUCACUUAAACUGCAUUUUUAAUAUCUUGUUUUUUUUUUUCAGCUAAAAUCUAAUGGUUACUUCGUUUAAUUAAUUAUAAGUAGGUCUCACGUUUCCAUAACAAAGUGCAGUUAUUCAGGAGGAAAUACACUGAUGUAAUAAGCCCCCCAAACCCCUCUCUUCAGAGCAUUAAAAAACAGCAAAACAUUACUCAAAUGUAACCUUUAUUCUGCUUUUUUCUCUUACAGUGGUCUGUCCCAGCAGCAGGGAAGCGUGGAGCAGAUUUCCCUCCACUGCUCUGAGGGCACCCUGGACUGGCUGUAUCCCAAAGGAGCCCUGCGCCUCACCCUCUCCCCCCGCCUGCCUUCAGUGGCAGUGGGCCCUGGCGGGAGCAGCUCAGGCCUGAUCACUGCCUGUGUCAAACCUUCAGAGCAGUUCCAUGGAGCCCAGCUGUACCUGGAGAGAGACGGGGUCCUGGAGCUCCUGGUGGGAGACCGCCUUGAGUCCUCACCGCCCCCGAGGGUCCGCUGCUUCAGCCGCCUACCUGGGGAGAAGGUGGCUCUGUUCCUGCAGGCUACACCACAUCAGGACAUCAGCAGGAGAAUCGCUUCCUUCAGAUAUGAGCUGAGAGGCGACUGGACUGCACGGCUGUCUCUGGACUCAAACCGCAUCAGCAAUGAAGGUGAGUCAGCCAUAUUGGAUGUAGUGAGUUCAGACAUGAGGAGGAAAGUUUUAGGAGACUGUGAUGGAGAAAUUUAGUCAGCAUUUUUCUUUUCCAGGUCCAGCACUGAUAUCUAAACCAAGGUCUCAGCUGAUCUGGCAUUUCCCUCCUUCAUUAGAAGUUAAAAAAUGUAUAUUUUUAUUUAGAAAAAAAAAAUCAGGUUUAUAACAUUUUGGAUUUGACCUUUUCUGAUCCUGACAUCAGUAUUGGUACCUGUAUCGAUAUCAGUAUCUGUAUCGUAGAAACAGUCAAUUCUUUCAUUGUAGUUUUCUUGGUCUCAAAACUAGUUAAAGAUAAAUAAGUUUACCAAGCAGUGAUGAUUACACAACUCAGAAUCCUCAAUGCACAUGAUUCAUGAAGCAGAUACUGAUGCUAGUAUUGGUACCAGUAUCAAUACCAUGAUUGGAGCUAUUAGGUCCUUCUUUAGUUUUUAGUCCUUUAACGUUCUUGAUUUAAAGUUUCAAUGCAAAGUCGUAAGUCAGCACUGGGGAUAUAAAAUCCUCCAUGCACAUGAUUCAUAAUUUAUACCAGGCCUUUGUGGGCUGCCUGGACUUUCCACAGCCCACGCAGGCUGCACAGAGGAGGAAGUGGCCAAACUUUCUCCACAUAGGAGUUCUGGUUUGGAGUAGAAGAAGGGGAGCUGUGGAGUGGGCAAGAGAAGGGAGGGGGACAAAAGCACAGUAUGUGGGGCUUUUUCCAGAGUCCAGAGCCCCUUUGAAUGGCUGCUGCAUGAGUAUUCUGGGAUUACUGCCGUCUCCUAGGCAACAGGGAGGCCUCUGCCCAGCUGAGAUGCUCGACUCUUUUGUUGGGCUGCCUCUCUGUGGGGAGAUGUGUCUGUAGGAGUAGAACCCCCACUCCUAAAAAGCUCGCUCUCCCACACACACUGAUUAGGUUUGGAUGGGGGGUUUGCUGUGGACUAGAGAGGAAGGAAUCUCAUUUAUCAAGAGGUUUUCACUAAGGAGGAGAAUGUGUAGGGUGGGCAAGGGGGCCCCCAAAGAACCACAAGGAGAAGUUUAAAAAAUGCCAGGACUUUUUUUCCCUCUUUACCCACAUCACAGCUCAGGCAGAGCAGACUGAAAGAGCUCUUUUUUAUUGAUUUAUUUAUUAUUUUUUGGUGGCUAUCUGCAAAUCCAGUUAGGACUCUUAGUAAGGUGCACUAUACUAAGAGUUUUUUUUUUUUGGUUUGGAGAAAAGCUACUGUAUGUUUGGGAAAGUAAGACUGUGCUCCUUGAGAAAAGACACCUUGAAGUCCUCCCCCACUCACUCUCCUCAGCCCCUGUCUAGCAGGCUUUGAUGAGGUGUGACUGUAGACACCCUGGGCGGCUUUAGGAGGGGAAGUUUCAUUUGGCCUUUAAAUUGUCUGGGGUGGAGGAGCCUCACACCUUAAAACUCCACUGGUCCUCCUCAGCCAACUGUUAAAGUAGCAGCUGUCUGUCAGAGAGCAGAGGCUGGUCUCUCUUUUGUUGCUCAAAGUUUGAGGCACAGAUUUACAUCUCACAUUCCUGUGCAUGGGGUCUAAAAAAAUGCUCUUUGAUUUCCUCUGAAUGAGUUUUUGGGAAGAGGUGUUAUCUAGCAGUUUAGAGAUCAUCAACUGACUCUUCCUCUCUCUUCUUUACAGAUGCCUGCAGACCCUGCAACAACACUGAGAUUCUGAUGGCUGUUUGCACCAGUGACUUUGGUAAGUUACAGAAAAAAAAUGCUGAAAUAACUAGAAAUAAAUCUUAAUGUCACUCAGAACUAUCAUUCCCACAAACUAACCAGGAUUCACAAAUAAAACAAGACCACCAAAUGAGGAUAAGUCCUCUGACAGCAAAUCCAAACCCACAGAGUAAUUUCUUGUUAGGCUCUACAAAUCACUUGUGUCAAAUUGGUUUAAAGUCACAGCAUCCCAGUGCCUCCAAAUCCUCUCCUCUCAAAAGUGCAAAGGUCAAAGGUGAAACAGCAGCUCCCCUGCAACCUCAACACACAGGGGCCUCUAAUAGAGGCACUGUAGUGGACUAAUCCUAACACCGCCCACCUAGAGAAGGAGCUGCACACUAAUCUGAGGGCCUCUGAUUAAGCUGUAGUAGCUGGCAACAAAAGUCAGAGGGCUUAAAAAGUCCUAAUGUAAAAUGCAAGACAGCAAAAAUGGCACUGGAGAGUUUAAAUUAGAAACACAUAAAUCAGAUCUGGAUAUUAAUUACUUGCUGUAAAAGCCUGAAACUAACCAGAACACCCUGUUUUUCUGCAGUUGUUCGAGGUAACAUCCGAUCAGUGGUGGAAGACGAGAAUCUCCGAGCUGCAGUAAUCAAAGUCAGCGCCACCCGAGUGUUUCGUCAAAAGUACGCCUUGUUCGCCGGUAACAGUCGCCUGAGCAGCCGGGGAGAGGUCAGGACUUUGCUCCAAUGUGGAGUCAAACCCGGGCCUGGUAGUUUUCUCUUCACCGGUCGGGUUCACUUUGGAGAGGCUUGGUUGGGCUGCGCUCCACGAUAUAAGGACUUUCAGAAAGCUUAUAUGAUUGCCAAAGCAGCCCAGCAGAUCCCCUGUGAACUACCAGUAGACUGAGUCAUACACUCUGCAGCAACUUGUCUACCACUCAGAGUCAUGGCCAGACCGAAAUUUAGGCCCAAGACAGCCCUGUGUCAUGUUAUGGAAGAAGCCAGCGCCCAUCUUUUGGGUGAUGUAGCCUUGUGACACCAAUGGCAGUCAUCUUCCCCAAGGACCACGGAGAGAAAUGGACUUUUCCAAACACCAUUUCAGUGCAAUAUGCAGGCGCUGAGUCAGAAGAAGUAGGUGGAGACAUGAAGUGAUGACUUUACCCAUUAGGCACUGAACAGUCUCUACACAGUGAUGCCAUUUUGCAGGUUCAGAGCUCUUCAUUUGGAGUAUAUUAAGUGGAGCCGUUAGUUCAGGUCUGAUAGAAGCUCAGGAAAAUGUUUGGGAUGUUUAAUAGAAAUAUCACUGCCUGUUGGUUUGCAUCCAAUGAAAGAUACACUUCUGUUCAGAAAUGUCAGCUCAUGGGAAAGUCAUGUGUUGCUGUAAACCUCCCGACCUGGGGUCAUCUGCAGUGUUACUUUUGUAAAGGAGAAUUAAACAAUAGUCCCUUUAAAAAACAAAAUGGUAAAAAGAAAAUAUAUUUGCACUGAUGAUGGAAAGGGAACAAACUGUAGAGUGUGAUGCUGCAAGCACUGAAAACCAAAUGAAAAGCAACUAUAUGUAGCAUAGCAGAGGGUUUGAGAAUUUAAUAUAUGUACAGAUGAUGUGAGCACGUACAGUAGUGACACCAAGUUAAGGUGACCUGAGAAGCAAACAGCUCAAACCGGUGCUGAGAGCACUUUUACAUUUUAGCCAACUCUGAGAUUUUUACCCUCUAAAGGAGACGCUCACACAAAAGAAAACUAAUUCAGUUAUUAUCAACAUAUUAUGUUUCAUCUUUGUAGCAAUGCAAUAUUUCUACAAUCCUUUUCUAAUUGGACUGUGGUUGAAUUAAAUGAGAAAUAUUUAAAACAUAUAUUUGAAUGGACUUGUAGCAAUGUUGCCAAAGUGUUGUUUUUGUCAAGUCGUUCACUGCUCUUUGCUGAUGUGUUCAUAAAAAAACAAGAAUCUGUUAUCUAAUGUUCAAUUUGCAAUUUUCAUACAAGCUAUGACAAAGCUGUUCAUAAAGGUGAACUCUGCUGUUAUUGUUAAACAUCAAAACACCAACUGUUGGUGGGGAACAAAUCGCCUCAUUGGACAAGGCUAGUUCAAAUGAAACAAAAUAUGCAUCAAAUAUAUAAAAUUCUGUUUUGUAAAAUUCCUUCAUAUCUGAUGUGCACUAUUUCAACAAGUGGAAGGGUUUAUACCAAAAUGCCAUGAUGUGCGGAAGUUGUAUACAAUGCUUACACUGUCAUUUUUAUGUUAAUUGAUGUCUAUAUUAAUGUAAAUAUGUUAAUAAGAAAUUCUAGCAAGGAAAAGCCUGUAAGAAAAGAACAUGGUGUCUGUUUUGUGGAUUAUUUUUGUUUGUCUGUGUUAUUAAAAUCUACUUUAAGAAAAAAACAUUUCAAAGCCUUCUCCUGUAUUCUCUCUGAACUUUUUUUUCUUUUUCUAAUUUCAUGCUCCACAAACACAAUCCCAGCUGGAUUGUUCAUUUAUCAGCUCUCCUGCCCUCUCACGUAACACAUCAAUACAGUUCAACCUAAACUUCAGCGUUUGAGGUCCAAAGGUUUCUUACAUGGUAAACUUUUCUCAGACAUAAGUCUCUUCAAGUGCCCAUGAAUCACGUCCCUGAAAGAUCUGAACAAACACCGUGCCUGAGAGAGCGAGAGGCCUAAAAGGAGGGGAGAUUUAGGGAGCCUUAGUGCCUUCGGAUGGGGAAGGAGGUAGAAAACAGCGGUUGGAAUUCUGUUGUCCUCGGCCUCCCAUUUUUAAGGAUUCAGGAAGCAAUAAAUCGCCAUUAAGGGAGCGGCGUGGCAGACCCGGCUGAAGUGAGGUGCCACACAGUCGCUCGCUUCAUCCUAGAUGCAUGAACAUGAGGACAAUCGAACUAAAUCUCCUCUCAGCUCUUCUUGAGACGCAAACCUUUACCCAAAGCAAAAGUUUGAGUCAUAUUUUGGUUUUUUUUCUUACAGACAUCCCCACAUAUUACAUCUAUCAUUGUUUGUAGCUCACCAUGGAUCAGUCUCUGCUCUAAAAGGUGAGAAGCGACACAAGAUUUUACAAAAGAGGAUACAAUGAGACAGAACUUCAUUAGCACUGGAGAAAAUUUUGGAGCAAUGGGGCUAACUAAGUAGUGGCAACUAUCUGACAGCAUAAAGGACAAGGCAUGAAGACAAUGAUGACUGAUGCCACUGAAAAAGAGCUGCAUAUAGCAACAGAUAAAUAAGAUAACUAUCAGUAUUAUAUGUAGUAACAAUAUCCCAUUGAUAGAACCAACCACAAUCACUAUUUUUAGCCUGUGACCAUUUUUGUUGAGCUCAAUAUGAGGUUAAGAUGUUGCGUAUGUUGUACGGCUGUUGGUCCAUGUCCAUCAUACUCAACUUACCACCAAAUGUGAAGUGUCUACUCCUGGUGCAAACCUAGCUAUUAUGUCAGCAAGGUGUCAUGAUAUGUUCUGGUUUUUGGUGUUUCCCUGGUUUUGUGUUUCCCUUGAGUGUAUUUACUUGGUGAUUUGUCCCUCGUGUUUAGUUUCCCCUUGUUCCUGUUCUCCUGUAGUCUUGUCUUGUGAGUUUUCAGUUUGUGUCUGACUCUGGUUCCCUCAUGUUCUCAGUGUUUUAAUUCCUUGUAUCAGUUUUCACUGUUUCCUGCUUUAUUUUGUAAUAGUUUAUUCCCUGUGUUUCUAGUCUUGUUUUACCUCCUCAGUUUUCCCUCCACUGUGAUUGUCUGCACCUGUGUCUCAGUGUCUCACCUGCCUCUCGUUGCUCGUUUCCGUGUGUAUAUAUAGUCCUUGUCUCCCCCUGUUUCUUUGUUGGGUCACUGUGUGAAUGUGUCUGUAUGCCGGGGUGUGAUUUUUUUCCUCCCUAUGUCUUUUCUUUGGAUUUUGGAUUUUUGGUUCUCUUGGAUUUUUUUGCCUUUGGGAAUUUUUCUGUUGGACAUGAAAGUAAGUUUUUGUUGCUUUUUAUGUAGAUUAUUUUGAAUAAAUCACUUUUGGUGCUGCAAUUGGGUUCUUUUUCUGUUUUUCCACUUCACCUGUGACACAAGGGGUUUAUGAUCUAUUUCACAAUAUAAUGCUAAACAGAAGUUUAACAAGCCUUAGUGGACAAGUCUCAGCCAAUUGGUCUCUGGCGCUCAGCUUCAAAGCCUUUUGACAGCAGCUAUUAUGUAGAGAGCGACCCAAGCUAACUUGUGCUAACAGCUAAAAUGUGUUGGCUAAUCACUUGGGUCAGCCCUGCUGCUAAUUAUACAGGACUAGUUAGUUUUAAAUCAUCAAAACAAAUGACUUGUAACCCCCUUUUCAUUUGUGGCCACAGCCAUGUUUUAUUAUCUGUCAAACAAAAAAUGCUCAAUAGUAAAUUUAAGAUACCCUGAGUGGGGCUUAGCAUCAUAACUGCAUUUUAUCCAGCCACCGUCAGUUGAAUAUUAUAGGGAAACAGUUGCUAUACGAAUAAAGUGGGUUACUGAACCCUAUCUGAUGAAUUCCCCACCUGUUUUUCUUCCUCACAAAAUUCUCUCACACACACCUCAGUAAAAUCUCAGAUUUACAGCAUGCAGUAAAUCGGUUUGAAAAAGAGCAGCUGGGGAAUUAACAUGGUGUUUAGGGUAAGAUGGAGGGGGAAAAAAAUCACAAAAGCUCAACAUGCCUUCCCUGUGCUGCAAACCAUCUCCCAUAGAAACCCUGAGCGUGCUUUGCCACUGCAUCAGUAGUUCAUGGGAGCCAACCCCCAGCCUCCCCAGCUAUUUACUGUCUCAGUGCUCCUUUAAAACAUCACAUAGCUGGGGGCCUGAAGCGGCACGGUGCUGCACACACACAAACAAACUCAUUCACACACACUCACUCUUUGCCCCCUCCCUUCUCAAGUCCAUCUGAGGUUACUGCUGCAACGCUGAUAAGCCAAAACAAAGAGCACUCAAAUUAUACUCCCCCCCCCCAGUUCAUACAUCAUGUGACAUUUUGUGACAAAGCUCAACUUCCUGCAUUGUUGUCCCUUCAAUGUGACCCCUGCCUGAACCCUAAAAUUGCAGCAUUAACGUCAGGGUAGCCACAAUGACACAGUGGCACAGUUUAGUGUUGAACCCACUUAAUAAAUAAUGAUGAAAGAAGAAUUUACAUCCUUGAAAGUUUAGUUUUACCAGCAGUAAUGCAUCACAUUCAGUGAGAAAAGUCUUACACUUGUUGUCUUGUUUUCAAGUAAGAAAAUAAACAUAUAGCAAGUCAACUUUAAAAGUGUGGUCACUUUUAAACCCUGACUGCAGCAUUGUGAAAACGAAUUUCCUGGCUGGUUAUUGCUCUUUUCUUCUUUCUGUUAUUAGUUUAUUUAACUGAGAACUUGGCAGAUUUAGAUCACAGCAAUGAUUUACAUGUUUGUUAUUGGAAAAACUUUAAGCAUGCAUAUUGUUAUUCUGGUUAGUGACUAAUGAUCUGUUGCCUGUAUAGCUGUCAUACAAAGUGGGGUCAAAGUACAGUUUUGGUCUCUGAGGUGUAUUGUGGCACAAUGUUGCAUAAAGUGUCAUAUCAGUGUUGAGGAACUGAAAUGAAGAUAAAUGAAGUUAUACUCCACUCAAACAGAUCAAACUAAAAAUAAAAAGUGUUUUAGCUACUUGGUCUUUUAACCUCAGAGGUACAGUACAUUUUACAAUCUCUAGAAAUACUCUUAAAUUAAGAAUGCGCACAACUCUAUAACACUGAGUAACUGUUGCAAAGAGCUGCAGAGACACAAUGAAACCCUCCUCCCCCCAUCUAUCCAACUCCUCUCUUUCCCCUGUCCUGUUAUGUGUUAGAAGUGAGGUAUGGACACAACAAAGCGGAAGCACUCAGGAAAGGAGAUCCAAGAGAGCUGCUAGGUGUGGACUUCCGUCAGCGCCUGAGGGGGUUUGAGGAAAUGGCCGGAGACAAAACUCCAGAGGUGAUGGCACAGAAAAAGGUGAAGUGCUCCUGGGUAGUCCCUUGUAGCUGUUCACAACAAAACCGCACCCAGAACACAGGUCUGCUUCUUCUUCCUCCCGGACUAAGCAGUUCUGCACAACCUCUGAUACUGGGUUUAAUCAGAUGUUCAACUUACAACAACAGACUGGUAUUUUUUAUUAUAGUGUAACACAAAAUUCCUUUGGAUAUGCACAUUUAAUAAUUCAUUGAAUAGUUUGCAGUUGGAUUUAGGGUCUACAGAACUGCAAAAGCUUACAUUUUUCCCUUAGCUGCAGGACUUUAGGGAAUCAACUGCACAAACUGUAAACUGUGCACCUUUUGUUCUUCUUAUGUGUUUUCGAGUCUUCCUCACGCUGAAAUGUGCCUCACUCCUUUGCAGGUCGUUGUAUCACUGCAGAAACAUCAGUUUAUUUCCGUUUAAUGUCUGAAACAAAUCUUUUUUUAAUCCCCUGAAAGAGUUAAAGAUUUUUCUCUAUUCUUUUCACCAGUGUUUUAUAGCCUGAUCGGUCUCGGACGUAACUGAGCUUUUCACCCCCUCCUUCACCUGGAUCUCUCUCAACAGUCCUUUCAUGGAUGAAUCGUCCAAUCUUUCCCACAGUUUGGUCCACAGCUGCUGGCUGCUGCGCUGUUGUGGAUCCAAAACAGUGGUUGCGAAGCUCUGACACACUUGAUGCAAAUCUCAAAUCUCUCUCCUUGUACCAAAGGCACUUGGGCUUUCUAAAUGCAUGAAUGUCUGCUCCUUUCCUUUUCCAACAAAUCACUCUUGUUCCAUAAAAGCAGGUGAGAAAGAGAUCUGUGUUAAAUGUGUACUUUGGCUACUUUCCAGCUGUCUUUCAAACACUUUCAGGAGAGACACAACAAUCCAUCCAACUCAGCACCAACGGCCACAAAAGAAGACAAAUGUUGGGAACUUCCUCUCAGCCUCUGCAGAACCUACAAGAUUAGUGUGAAAUGACUGAUCAACAGCUGUUGCUUUAUUGUCCACAUAAACAGAUAGUUUUGCAAUGAUGCUGACCCAAACCACAGCAACCAAAUAUCAAAUCGAUUGGUCAGUCCAUCUCCCUGUGUCACAGCGGCUGUGCAUCCUGCUGCCUCUCCAUCAGCUCAACACCAGCUGAGGUCUGAAGUCGACCACCACACUCCCCAGAUUCCCAAGUGACAAUUUUCCCACAACACCCUCACACAGCUGGUGGAGACUAUUCCCAAAUGGAAACUAUGAAUUUUCCCGUCUGAGGACAUGCUAACUUGCUAAGUCUUACCAACAGGCCAAGGGGAUCCAAGCUUUAACCAAACAAUGAGCAGUCUGCUCUGUUGUGUUAGCAGGAUUCUUUUAGCAGUUUAUGUACAGUGGCAAGUGUACAGCAAAGGUCCGGAAAUGUCUGCUGGGAGACACAGACUUGGUGCAUAAAAAAAGCAUGCAAAAGGUCAAAACAAAUACAACAGAACAAGGGGGAAAUGCUGCAAAAACACCAAACCAUAUAUGUGUUUCAAGUAUUUGCAUCAUAUUUGUAGC